CCCGACUCAUGCAUAAGCAAACCCUCACACCUUCCUCUCCCCCAUUUAAACCCCCAUCACCCUCCUCCUCGUCCUCAUUCUCACCCAACGCAAACUCCUCUGAAAGCUUAUAAACCAUUUCUACCUCUCUCUCCCCCUCUCUCUAUCUCUUUCUCUGUCUAAAAAUACAUAUCUAUUAGCUAUGGUGGUUCUGUCACGAACAGCUAAAUUGGACCAUUUUUCUGACCUAAUCAAAACAUGCAAGCCCACCAGCUUGUUCGCCGGCAUCCCAGUCGUCGACCUCUCGAGCCCCGACGCAAAGCACCGCAUAGUCAGGGCUUGUGAGGAGCACGGCAUGUUUAAGGUGAUCAACCAUGGAGUCCCAUUGGACUUCAUGACUACACUGGAAGCCCAAGCUCUCAAAUUUUUCAACCUGCCCCAGUCGCAGAAGGACAAGGCAGCCCCCGCCGACCCUUUCGGCUACAGAAGCAAGAGAAUCGGUCCAAACGGCGACGUGGGUUGGAUCGAAUACAUCCUCCUCAGCACCAAUCUUGAUAUCAUCUCUCAUAAGUCCCUCCCCAUUUUCAAGGAAAACCCUGAAAUUUUCCGUGACGCAGUGGAAGAUUAUAUUACAGCAGUGAAGAACAUGACUUUUGAAGUGCUGGAAAUGGUGGCUGAUGGGCUGGGGAUUGAUCAAAAGAAUGUGCUGAGCAAGCUUUUGAAAGAUGAGAAGAGUGACUCAUGUUUCAGGCUGAACUACUAUCCGCCAUGCCCAGAGCUUCACGCUUUGAGUGGACGAAGUUUGAUAGGGUUUGGGGAGCACACAGACCCACAGAUCAUUUCUGUCCUGAAAUCCAACAACACAUCAGGCCUGCAGAUCAGUCUCAAGGAUGGGACUUGGGUUACAGUCGCACCUGAUCAGACUGCCUUUUUCAUCAAUGUUGGUGAUUGCUUGCAGGUGAAAACAAUGGUGAUGACUAACGGGCGGUUUAAGAGCGUGAAACAUAGGGUUUUGGCUGACACACAAAGUUCAAGGGUUUCAAUGAUCUACUUUGGAGGGCCACCUUUGAGUGAGAAGAUAGCACCUCUGCCGUCUCUAAUGGCAGAAGGAGAAGAAAGCUUGUACAAGGAGUUCACGUGGAGUGAAUUCAAAAAGUCUGCGAACAGGUCAAGGCUGGCCGAUAAUAGGCUAGGACCAUUUGAGAAGUCUGCUGCUGUGAUGCUGUCCAAUUCCCAAUUUUAGUAAAAACCAAUAUGUAUUAGGGCUUUUGUCAAAAGCUCAGAAUAGGUGUGAAAAAGUUUACUCCAAUUUGCUCGUGUUUUUUCCAUAGAUGGAUCGAUCAUCUUCUUUUAUUGUAUUUUUUCUUCUGUUUCCUCUCCUUUUUAACUUCUUUUUUUUUUUCGCCUUUGGUUCUUUGUUUGGAUGUAACAACCACCAAGCUUCUGCGAGUUUAUCUUCAUGUCUUCUUGUUCAGAACAAUCCAUUUGGUUUCCAUGUAUAAAAUUAAAAUAGUUGUGUUGCA